AUGCCACAAACACAUUCAUUCGUCGGCAUGCUGCUCGUUUAUACCGUAUCUACUGGGAUGCUUACCAGUGUUGUUGCUGUUGGAGUCUUCUUUGGCCCCGAACAUACGUUUGGUGGGCGAGUAAGUGGUGACUCGUGGUAUGUUGCUUCGACUGCUGACCUCGCCGAACACUUGUCAGUAUAUUUUGUUCUCGGCGAAGUCUACGCAAGUUCGUUCAUGGCAUGGCUGAAUGCUCGAGAACACUUCAGGCGUACGCUGGAACAUCGGUCAUAUUCGCCAGCUAUACACGUGACUAGCGUACGGUUCGCCGAGACAAUGCUUUUUAUGGAUCAUGGUUUAGAUUCCGACUCUCAGGCUACAUGUGAAGAUUCCACAUGCGACCAGGAUACUCUCGCAUGGUCGGAUAAGACAGAGACGCAGUAUGGUGGUUUUUUUGCCUCUUCACAGACGUUCCACAGUCGCCGAACUAGGAGAAGACGAUCGUUGUGAACUCGAAGAAGCGGCUGUCGCGCGGAGUCUGAGGAUGGGCAAUGGGAAGUUAAGGCACUUGCGGUGUUAGGCCAUGCAGCGGACACAUUGUGUUACAUGGUAUGUUAGUCGUCAUCGAAGGCGAGCCAUUAGUGGUGCUCGCGCAUUGGCAGUACCCCGGAUAGGCUCAUGAUGGCUUCCAUCUUGACCGGAUCCAUUACUGGCUGCAGGAGGGCGGCACGAACAGAGAUAAGAGAUCGGAAUGUACAUAAUGUUGCCACCAAGUAAUGGUGUACAGGCGUGUCGGUUGAUGCGAUCACCCACGCGAAGAGUCUGCGGA